AUGAAAUUGCGUGGCAUCAUGGGAAACGGAGUGGAAUUUUGCAACAUGGCGAAGAUCUAAGCCGAAGUCGCGGUACUAAAUCUUGUUAAAAUGUACAUUUACUAGUAACCCAGAGUUAUUUUUCACUCUUACCAUCCAAAUAACGUAAUAGUACGUGUGUUUAUUAAAUAUAUAAGGUAUUGUAAGUGGAUAAUUAUGUGUAUAACAGCUUGUAACCGACUAAGGAAGGUGACACCCAACAGCUCGGUGUGGUGCAUAAGCACGUAUGGCAGUUACUAGAAACCAAGAUAAGAGAGCUUGGACCGUCCGGGUACUAAGAGUUGGCUAUUUUACAUCUCUACGGACGCACGAGCUAUGCCGCGAGAGUCGAUAGUCUCAAUAAAUAGUAUAUGCAUCAUAUAAAAAAUAUAUUGGUGAUCUCAUCACGCUCACCGAUAUUAUAACGACGCGUGGCAUGAAUUUUUAAUCGAUUGCCUCGCAACGAACAAAUGGUUUCCUGACAUGAUGGACAGCAAGUUAUACGUAAAGAAUGAGCCGGGACUUGAGGGGCAAUCACUUGCAAACUCGCAGCAGAAUCAAUUGGGUGUGGAUGACAGCGGGGGAGGAGGAGGUCCACGAGUAUGUUUUGUUUGUGGUUCACUUGGUCACAGUGAUCAGUACUGGUUGAGAGUUAAACCAGGUCCGGGAAGUCCACCCAACGAGCCUUUCUUUCCGUUUCUGGAGACACACGAGCAGCCAGCUGCCUACCGUGGCGAGGGAGCGCGCUCUGGUGCUGUCAGAUCGUGUAGUCUCUGCUAUGCGUUGCUGAUGCAACAAUGGGAGAGCUACGAGAGACAAAGUCAGCCUCACAGCCAGCGUCUCUACUGGCUGAAGAGGUGCGACGGCGGACCCUUCACCGGGGCAGAGAUGGCUCUCCAGGGCGAGUACGCUGCCCAGAUUCUUGGUCUUUCCAACGACCAGCAGUUACCGGGCAGACAGGAAAGCAGCAACCGACCAGUUGGUAUAUCACCCCGUUUGCCACAAAACUCACCCUCGCCAAGAGUCGUCGAGCAAACGAGGCCGCCUUCAAACUCAAUAGAACUCCCGCGACCACACUCAAACACGGCCGAAACUGCCAGGCACAUUGAACAAGUUAGACUAACUAUGGAGUCACCGCAUCAACGACUACAGUCACCGCACCAGCGGUUGCAGAGCCCACGUCAGCCGGUUGGUGAACCAGAACCACGUGCUGUUUCAAAUGAAGCUGCAUUAGACCUCAGACACGCUCCGAGAAGUUCGCCCGCACCUCAACCCGCCAUGCCGCCAUCCCAACCUCAAGCAAUUUACAGCGGAGGUUCGUCAUCCAGCACCGGGACAGACAUUCUUGAUCUCUCGAUGCCGGACAAAAAUUCAAUGACUGAAGUUUGCUAUGUCUGCGGUGAUGAGUUCAAAAAAGGAUCUCUGAGUCAUAUAGCAGCCAAGCCACUGCCAACACCACCGCAUCCUUCGAGUAGUCCUCCACCAUUUUUUCCCUCGUUGAUGUUACAUCCGCGGCCGAGCAAAAGCCGGCCAAUGGACAGUGCCGGGCGUGUUCAGGCCUGCUCGGCAUGUCAAAGUCACCUGUUACUCCAGUGGAAAACGUACACCCGACAGGGUAUACCGCACAGCGAUCGUAAUUACACCUUAAGGAAACGUCAAGCACCGGCAGUUGACCCGACGACAUUUAUUUGCUAUACGUGUGCACUGGAGUAUCCCUCGUCCAGUAUUAGACUGUUGUAUUGCUGUCCGAAUCCGGAGAAGGAGGCAUACUUUCCGUUUAUUACUACGAUACGAGCGCCACCAGGAGCUAGUCCUAUAAGUCCUCAGGGUAUGGUACAAGUUUGUUCCAUCUGUUAUAAAGCCAUACCCCAAAAACAACAAGUUUUUGGUGGAGAAAAUAAUGAAACCCAGUCGAUAAGUGCCCAGCAGGGAACUGAUUUUCGUCAGCAAGGACCAUCUCCACGACCUGUUGUCGCAAAAUCACCAGCAAAUUCAGCUGGCAGCGAUAUUAGAUUUAAACCAUAUGAUUUAAAUAAAACAACAAGCGUUGUGAGUAAUAAACCACGUAGUGCCAAUGUUAAAAUUGCAAGUUCAACUCAGCGAAAUUCACCGAGUAAUGCGCCAGCGGAAAAUGGUAAUGUAACAGUUGGACAAAAUUAUCGGUGCUAUAUUUGUGAGCGACUGUAUCCUCGAAACCAAAUGGAGUGGCUAUCAACGAGUCCUGAAGGUAUGAAUUCACAUGCUAUGCACUUUCCCUGUUUGAGAGGGAUGGCACGUACUUCUGAGAAUUCCUGCAUGGACAGCCAUGGCAGAGUUUUAGCCUGUAGUCACUGUGUCAAUCACUUAGCUCAGCAGUGGGAGUCUAUGGAUGCCGACCGCAUUCCUCUCGAGCAACGAAGAUAUGAUAUUCCUAGUCCACAUCCAAACGGCGAUGUUAAUCGUGCAAUUGCCACACCGCCAAGUUCAAAUUCAGAUCGUACAUUUAUCAGCAAUCCUGGUGCAUCAAGCAGCUCGAUUUACUGUUUUUUCUGUGGUCUUCAUAGUGAUUUAACGUUAGCACGUGUACUGUAUAGCAGGCCCCAAGGUCGUAAUGCACCAUUUUUUCCUGAAUUACUUCGUCAUCAAUCGCCAAAAAAUGCCGAACAAUUACGCGAAGACGGCUCGGCACUUGUUUGUACUUUUUGUUAUCACACAUUGUUGGCGCAAUGGCGAAAGUAUGAAUCACAGUCUACUGGCCAGCAGAUAAAUGCAUCUGACAGACAAUAUAAUACCCACGAUUACUGGUGUUACGUUUGUGGUAUUACAACAUAUCGCAAAAGAGUGAGAGCACUACCUGUUAAAGACUUUCCAUUCUUGAGGUAUCAUCGUCAACCGGAAAAAAGUUUGCUUCUUGAGAAUGGUGAUUUUGCAGUUGUAUGCUUGGAUUGCUACGAGACAUUAAGGACACAAAGUUUAGAAUACGAGAGGUGGGGUCUGCCUGUUGAAAAGAGAGAGUAUAAUUGGAUUGUACAACCUCCGCCUCCGGAAGACAGUCCGGAUGCUGCUAUUGCUAGAUUGCCAUCUGGUGAACGUUCUGAAAAAGCGGUACCACCAUCAUUAACGGUUAAGCCUGCACGUAAAAAUUGCUCACCAAAAGCCCCAGAAAAAAAACCAACCGUAAAGUUACCAGAAAAAGAACAACCAGGUCUUCAACCGGCGAGUACAAAAGCACAGUCGAGCACAAUCGGCAAAUCCCACAGACCGAGUUCCGGUGUAUUACCUCAAGGUCACACCCCAGGACCGGGACCAGGUCCAGGUGGACAACAAAACAGCAGAAGUUUUGCUGCAGCUUUGAGAAAUCUUGCCAAGCAGGCAGGACCGGCUCCUCAAGAUGAGGAACCGAGAGCCAGUCCUAAGAAUCGAGCACCACCGCCUCUUGUUCGAGGACCCUCACCAGCCAAGGAGCGAUCGACGCAUGAACGUCGACCUGAGGAAAUGCCCUCGAUGUAUACAAAUGCCCGACCAGCCGAGAACAGUAAGCACAAUGUCAGUGCAGCAGCUUCCGAAUUACUUGCUCGUUCCGGUUUCCAACCAUAUCGGCCCGAGCAUCAUCCGACACAACAACCGCCGGCAUUUACUCUCGAUCCUGCGGCUUACAGCCCCUAUCAUCAUGGUCUGUACCCACCACCUCAUCUCCAACACGCUUAUAGGUUAGAAGAACAGUUGUACUUGGAGCGAGUGGGCAUGCUAAGGCCACCAUUGUUUCCCGGGCUGCCGACUUACCCUCUCUAUGGACUGCGAUAUAGUCCGGAGAUGUUACCACCGGCCACCCUUGGUCUUAUGUCUCCAGUAAUGCAUGAAAGGAUGAAAUUAGAAGAGGAACACAGACUCAGGCAGGCUAGAGAGCAGGCUGCGCUAAGGGAUGAGGAAGAAAGGAGAAGAGCGGCACGUAAUUCAGCUUCCACGGCACCUGUCCCGUCACCCGCUCCAACUUCUGCCGAUACUGCAGCUAGGAAGCCGACCAUAGCGACGCAAUUGCAUAACGAGAGGGGGGAACGAGACCGACCCAACUCACGGAAUAACAUCAACGUCAAUAACACCAGCAACGAUAGUGUCAUCUGCAAGUCAACUCAUAAUCAGCCACGAAAAGAAGAUCAGUCCCCGACACUGGCAGCCGAGCCGUCAAAUUUGUCCCCAGUUUAUCACCACCAGCGACUCGCGCCGCCCUACACAAAUCCACCAGCAGCCCAACUGGCUACUGGUAUAAGUACAUCCUCGAUAUGCUCCGUCAGCUCGACACCAAUGACUCCGUCGCUGGGUGCUGGGUUGCCGCCGCUCAAUCUCGGGCCUGCGAUCCCUCCAGUUCCUAUUGGACCAGCAAUACCCGCAAUGUCACCCUUAGCGCCGGGUAUCCCGCCACCAGCUCCACUGAACAUGUCACUGGCUCCGAUGAUGGGUCUGCAUUUGCCGCCCCCACCUCCAAACACAAUUCAUUCUAGUCAACACUCGAACUCGUUGUUGAGCAGCGUCAGUACUCCUACAACAGUUUCUUCAACUUAUCCUAUACCUCACCAGCCAGUUCCGAUUCAUCAGCAGCAACCUCCGCAGCCAUCACCGUCGAUGCCACCGCAGCCUCAGCAUCAGCAGCACCCGCUCUCAGUCCAGCACCAUCUAAACAGCGGAUUUACCACAACUACAAAUUCAAUGCUGGCCAGUGGGACCAUGACCACACAUGCGACUCACACGCUGGCUACACCUGGAGCAGCUCCACCGUCAAUUAAUCUAUCGAAUCAUUUGUCCUCUCACAUGACUCACAGCUCCUCAAGAAUGAAAGAAGUCUCGACACCGACGACCACCACAGCCAUCACGACAAUGUCUUACAGCUCACUAACCACCACCGCAUCGACCCCAGUGCCAACGAUAACAGCAACUACCUCGGCUCCAUCGCACCAACCGGCAUUCGUUCGACCCUUCGAAGACUCAUUCAGGUCCUCGGCAACAACGAAUAAACCGCCUCCACCUUCUCCACAGACAUGGUCUAUUGUCAAUAACCAUAAUCCAAAUAUGACUAGUCAAAUUCAUCAAGAAUCGUUAGUUAAAUUACCUACGGGAACUGUACCACCAGCUGUACCACUACCUGUACCUGUAGCGCCUAUACCCAUACCGGGUGCUGCCGUUACUAAUUUUCCACAAGACAAUACAAUGCCAAUAGAUAAUUCUAAAAGUUCAUCGACAAUUUACACCCCGCACCACCACCACCACCAUCAUCACCAGCAGCAGCAACAGCAAUAUCAUCAUUCUCAUAUUCCUCCACCAAAUACCACAAGUUUAUAUAAACCACAGUCAUUUUCGGUGGCUUCACAUCAUCCACAAUUAUCCACAAAACAAACAACUUCUACUAUUAAUACGACAACAACAACACCAACAUCAGCAGCAGCAGUAGUAGCACCACCACCAACUAGUACACCUACUUCAACUUCAACAUCAACAUGUUUAGCAACUAAUGGAGAUACCACCGCAAAACCGGGACACUUAAAUAUAAAUGGUACAAAAAUGUCUGUCAGUGACGGACUAAAUGACGUACUUGGAACUGUUUCUCCACACAAAAAUGGCGGAAUGCCAUUCGACAAUGGGGUCAGUGGACAGGAUAAAAUAACGAGCAAUGUCAAUUACUACACAAACAGUGGAACCGCUGAAAAUAAUUUCACAACUCCGACCAAACAUGUCAAUUUAAAUCACCGAACUCUCCUAGAGCACUCGAAUUCAAAAGAUAACAAAGUCCAGGUUAAUAAUGAGAGUCCAGUUGGACACCAUCACCCCAAGCCCGCAAUUUACAACCGACUGAACAACGUCAAUGUCGACAAGGCUCAGUACCCAGUACAAGUCAUCAACGAGUCAAUCAAAGAACGCAUGAGUCCAGUUUCUAUUAAAUCGACGGGUUCUGUUGGUGAUAAAAAUGGAAACAAACUCGAUAACCCUGCUGUGAAAAUGUCUUUGGAGGUACCUAGUGUUUUACCAGCAAGUGCGCUGUCCUAUCCUCCAGUUGCAUUAAAAUAUCCCUCCAAUGACAUCGUCAGCUCAAAAGAUUCUAUUGACACGAGCAGCCUUCUCCAGAGUAUCAAGUCCGAGGAAGUAUUGCGCACGUGUCAAAAUGUAUCAAAUGUCCUUUUGCAAAUUCCAAAGUAUCAGGAAAUGCUCAUAAAUUAUUCAACAAAUGAACUCAAGGGAUCUUACUGCUACACCGACAAGUGCAAUAACUUGACUGAGAUUUCCGUAAAGUGCGAACCUCCGGUUAUAAAUGUUCCUGAUGUAACAAAAGCUCUGAGCAAAAGUAGUGACAGUGUCAAUGUUACUGAGCAGUCAUCCUCGCCAGUUGCUGUCCCAGUGUCACUGUCAUUGCCGUUGCCACCAGCAGCAGCAAUGGAGAAACCUAAAGAAUUGACAUCGACACUCGAUCUUGCGGAAAAAAGACGAAAACGUAAACGAGAACAAAAUGCCGGUAUCGCAUGUAGUUCAGAGUCCGAAAGUGAAGAGGAUGCUGCUAAAGAUGUUGAUUUAUGGAUAACAAAAGGCCCACCAGCUAAAAUGUGUUACUCGGAAAAAAAGUUGUCAUUCUUAGCGAUAUUUGGUCUGACGACUCUCAGCAUGAGGAACGAAAUAGAAUUACAUAAAUUGGAAAAGCGGUACCGUUUAAAUCCAGAACCACCUGAGGUACUUGUGGAUACCAAUGAGACAGCUGUCGAAUCACUUUUGCCGAUACCAAAAGAACAUCCAGAUGUUCUGAUAAAUUCAUCAGAUUUUAUGCCGAAAGUUGGAUUUCUCAAGACUAUUGGACUGGAUGUUAUGCCACCGAGUAAAAGAGACGAAGCGGAAGUAAUUUGGCAAUAUGUUCUGCGCGAUCGUAAAAAACGAAAAAGCACCAAUUGUGUGACGGUGUACUGCGACCGCAUUGCUCAAGAGUAUGAGAAGAAUCCUCCAAGACCACCUCAGAAGAUGAGGCUGCUGGACAGAGUGAAAGUGAAGCCGCCGAGUGGACGAACUUUGCUGGCACCUUUACCGGGUCUCUUUUCCGGUUACUAUUCAGCAGUACCUGCGCCCCUGGAGAACGGCGUGAGCCAGCAGUACAAAUUUACCAGCAGCCACAGAGAUGAGGACAGCGAGGAAAAUAAAAAGGUGACCUGGACCAACAUCGAGGACAUUAUGGUUGCUUACCAUCAGUAUUCAAAAGAAAAAUCAACGGAGCGUAAAGUUUUGACGGAUCAAAUGUCGAAAAUGAUAGCACGUGCAAAUAUCCUGCGGUCAGAAGCAAUCCACCUCGAGCGAGUGAGAUACGAACUACUGGCCACUAAAUCAUCUUUAGAAUCGGAGCGACGGAGUAUCAGUGAUCAAAUUGAAAGAAUAAAUACCCUUGUGAGGAGUCUUAGAUAACGAUGCGUAACGCACAGCACGGAAACUCAUUCAUCUGUGAUAUUAUCGGCGGGUUAAGGGUCGUCGGGUGCGGAUUAUCCACCGAAAUAGUAACAAAUAAUAAUUAUUAUUAAUAAUUAACACGUUGUAUGUACUUAGCAGUUUUCAUAUUAUUAUUACUAUAAAUAUAUAUAUUAAUUAAUUAAUACAAGCCGUUACAAUGACCAAAUGUGUAUGUACAGAAUAUGAAUGGUUAGUAGUUUUAUUGGUGUAAUAAUUAUAAUUAUUAUUAUUUUUUAAAUUUAUUUUAAAUCGUCUCAGAGAAAUGUAGAUGUGAAUAAUUUAAAUAUUACGAUAAUGCACAACGAUCAAUUAAGUAAUUAAUUAAUUUAUAUUUUAAGUGAAAUAUUAUUAUUAUUAUUAUUAUUUAGAAUAAAUAUAAAUAUAUAUAGCAACGUGUAUUAAAAAUAGGAGCAUAUCAUUAUCGCAUGUAUAAAUUGUAUAGAAUUAUGACUUAAUUUAGUUGCGCGUGAACAAGGUGAUAUUUUUUUUUAUACAUAUAUUAGACUGUGCCAAAUAAAGUCGUUUUUUUUCGUUUCCAUACGAAAAUUACUCGUUAACGGAUUAAUGAAUUGAAAGUAUUACAUAAGCAUAAGAUAUUUUUGUCGAGAAUCAAAUAAUCUACAAAAAAAAGUAUCUUAUAAUUUUUUGAUAAAGCUAACUGUUCAAAAGUAAUUCGAAUUCAAAUUCAAAUUUAAGAGAGAGCGCGUUUUCUGAUUGUCGGAGAGCCCAAAGUGCUACCUAAUUUUUUUGCCUUUAACGUAAUUUUUGUGUGGGACAAAAAAAAUAUAUUGAUUUUAUUUGGCACAGUUUAAUGUACAUAUUGGGUAGAGGUACCGGUUUUGGCCACUUUAGAGCCAGCUUUGGACACUUGAAUAAUAAAAAUAAAAUAAUUUGCAAAAAACGCAAUGACAAUUAAUUUUUAAAAUGUGUACAAAGAUACUUUUAUCACAUUGUUACUAUGAAAAUUUUAUUUUAUACGUUUUCGUUAAUUAAAAUAAAGUAUCAAGUGUCCAAAAAUGGAGCAGUGGCCACAAAUGCUAUUUAUACCCUCUGUGUAUAAAGUAAGAGACCCAGUACCCGAUCGGAGAACUAGUACCCGAUCACUCAUGUAUUUAUGUAUCAAUAUUUACUAAAUUUUACUAAAUAUAGCCAUACAAAUACACAAAGUGAUCAGGUACUGGUUCCUUAAUCAGGCACUAGGUCUUUUACCUCAUGUAUUAUCAGUGAAAAUGAAUUAAGUAAUAAAAGUAAUAAAUUUUUGAGUAUUUUAAUAGUUAAUCCCCAGUGGCGGCUCUGAUACCCAAAGUAUAAAAAAACUAAAAUACAAAUAUCGAAAUAAGUGAGAAAUAAAGCAAAUAGAUGAACGGUGUAACUGAUUUUAUUUUCAUUGAUAAUAAAUAAUAAUUAAUUAAAAAAAAAUUGUUGUGGGGCUCGACUUGAAAAUAAUUGAAACGAGUUGCGAAUCCUACGUCAAUAAAUUAAAGAAUAUAAAUAUAGAUAUAUAUAUAUAAAUAUAAAUAAGACAGUUUUUAAAAAUAAGAGGACGGGGCUCAGUCAGUUAAUGAUGUGCCGGAAAAAAGUACGUGAUGAUUAAUCGCAUGAGGUCUCGUUUUAAAAUAUACUUUUAUAUCGAUUGUAAAUUGCAUGUCAAUGUCAAUGAUAAACAAUUGUAAACAAUAAUAAUAAUAAUUAUAAUUGUAAUGAUAACAAUAAAAGUUUUAUCGGAAUUGUCGAUAAAAAUUAAAUAAUUAAUAUUAAUAAUAAUAAUAGUUAUUUAAUAAGGACGAAUAAUUAAAAUUGUCCUUAAUAUUUAUUUGUCUGUUCGCGUUGUGAACGUAAGGCCAGUUUUUAAAAUGUAUUUACAUAAUAUUUAAACCGGUCAGCUACUUAGUUUUAUAUAAAUUUAAAAUUUAAAGAUGCUCAGUUUGAGAUAAUUAAGCGCGAAGGAUUAAUUAUUAUUUAAUAAAUUUAUAAUUACAAGCAUAAUCAAAAGACAUUCCACCCUCGCAGAUUAAUCGCAAGCGGUUAUGUUUUUGCAAAAAAAUAAAAAAAAAAUAAAUCAAUGGCAAAUAAUAAAAAAAAUGCUUAUGCAUUUAAAAAUAUAUUUAUAUUUUCAUGAUAAAAUUAUUAAAUUAAUAUCCUUACAUGUCAAUUUUUUUUUUUUAAUCGAAUUGUAAUGUAAUGUAGCUCUACUUUAAUUUACGUCGAUAGAUUUCGUUAAUUGAGUGCCUAACUUUUGUAUCUGUUGGUGAAAAAUGUAUUUUUUUUAAUUUUAUGUAUCGAAAAUUUUAUUUUUAAAAAUGUGGAAUUGACAGUGUAAAUAUUUAAACAACAAAAAUAACAGCACGACUACUUUUAAUGGAAAGAUUUAUUAAAAGAAAAUAAAUAAAAGUAAUUAAUUAUUAUUAAAUUUUUUGUUUUAUACCCAUUUAAUA